AUGGCUGAUAAAGAGAGCCGCCAAUGCCCCCACUUCAAUAUCAGCGACGGUGUCUGCGGGUGCCCCGAGUUCUGGCGGCCUGCGCAACUCUCGCAGCAUGAUCAGUCGUUCUCAACACUCCAAGAUGCCUCGAGUGCAUGCUACAGCAAGAGUGCGCCCAACCGCCAAGUCAGCUCAAGCGUCAAUUCGAUCCCACUACCUGAUCGCAACAACAUCCAGCAAGUGACGCCAGCGCCACCCGGUCCUCCAAAGGAGACUUGCUUCUUCUGGUACCAUGGUUCUUGUCGACGCGGUGACGAUUGCGAACGGCCCCAUGAGGCUCACUCAACUUGGCCUAUUCCACCGCCUCCAGGCUUCCGUCACUACCAGCCCUGCACACUCCCUUUGUGCCCACUACGAUCGGAUCUCGCAUCUAGCGGCAUGCCGCAGGAGUAUCAGCGACGUCGCCGCACAAUUGAUGGCCAGAUGGACGGCGCAGCGUUCAGUCGUGCAACAACAGCUGGUGAGAGCUCCAGCGACAGUGACAGCAACAGCAACACUGAAACUGACAUGAGCGAGAUUGUUAAAGACAUGUACGCGACGUCAGCAGACAGAGAUAUCUUAGGCCCGUCCAUACAAGACAGCAGUAGUUUUCAGGGCUCCGCGAAUAAGGGAUAUGUGGAAGGCGCGACGUGGCCUGGUGAGGUGAACGCGGAAGAUUUGGGAAGGAAUGGCCCUGAUGAAUCUGAUUACGCCGACCUGUCGCAACUGCUUUCCCCUUCGCUUCCGUCGACCCCACUUGUGAAAGAAGAGACCCUGUUGUCCAUCAGCCAUUCUGGUACACUGAGCAAACGUCGCCAUCCACCCACAACAAAAUCGCCGAGGAGCAAGAGCAAGCGCGUCAAGCUUGAGGAAGCCAGUGCAACAGAGCUUGACAAAGUGAUCUCACUCUUCGAGCGCCCGAGGACGAUGUCACAAUGGGACAUUAAACCACCGAGCUCAAGUCUGCAUGGUCAAAAUACUGAGCCUGCGGCUUCCUACCUUGCAGCUUUGCACGGCUUCCCGAAGCAGUCACUCCAGCCUGUGGCCAGCAACAAUGGCUUUGCGAGCUUUGUAUCGUCACCGUUUAAUCCUCCGGAAGGACAUUGUAGUAUGGGUACGCUGCCACCAAUCUGCUUCUUCUAUUAUCACAAGGGUCGCUAUACGCCAAAAAACGGGCGAAAGAGUGAUUACCUCCACGACAAGAGCACUCCCCAGCAGACCGUGAGCCUAACGCACGGCAUCGAUAACCAUGACCCGUCAUGCGCUCUGCCUCCAUGUCCUGUACACUUGCGAAGGAUUAGCCAAGUGAAGCAAGAGCAGGAUGCUUUUAUAGCCGGUACCCAAGACAAGAAGACAUACCAGUUAUCAACACCUCCUCGCAUGGAAACGUCACCUUUCUUCGAAAUAUCUAAUUCCUCGCCUCGCGAUCCCACCAUGUCCGUUCAGGGCAGGCCGCCAGGAGUAAUGAUAGGCCGACCAUUACCACAGCUUACGGGGUAG